CUUCUUCUUUCUGUACUUCUUUCUAUACUUCUUCUUGUUACUGCUAUUGAUCGCGCUCUUGUUCAGGCAUAUGCACCACAGUAAUAGCAGAAUCUAGAAAAUUACCACAAAUAUCAAUCACCACAACCACAACCACCGCCACCUCUACUACUUCUGCCUCUGCCUCUCCCACAGUUUCUACAUUCAAUAUAUCAUCUAGACACCGUCGACAAAAUAUAGAGUUUACGCUGAAUUAUUAGAUUAUAUAUAUAUAUAUAUACAUUUCUACACGAAACCGCAUAGUAGAUCCAUAAAUACAUUUUAUAUAUAAACAUACAAGCAUAUUUUUGUAUAUAUAUAUACAUACAUACAUACAUACAUACGUCUCUGUGAGCGAGUGUGUGAGGAUAUAAGAAAGAGAGUGUGCGUUCAUUCGUUCGUUCGUUCGUUCGUGCGUGCGUGCGUGCGUGCGUAUAUUUAUUUAUUUACCUAUUUUCAUUUCUCCUGCAAUUUGAAUGGGAAAUAUCCUGGGAUCAAAAAUAAGCUCUUCAAAAGAGCCUCACGAUACAUGGUCCUUUGGGUUCGGAGGACAUAAUGUUCCAAAGCACCUACGACCAUCACGACAGGUGCGCAAGAAUCUAAAGACCACAAAGGCGACCUCGAAUUCAAAGCAAGAAGAACCCAAUAACAACAAUAACAAUAACAAUCAGACUGGUGAAGACGACGGUGAGCGGGUAGAGCGCCUGGUCCGUGAUGCAGAUGUAUUGAGCGAAAAUGAUGGCGACGAAGGUGAUGCGUUUGUCCAAAAUUACACCGUCGAUCCCAUGUUCAGUACAGGUCCGCAAGGGGCCUUUAGGUGGUUCAAAGGACGCCGGUUUGCAUUUAGUAACAAAAGGGGCGUUUCUAGUGCACUUCCGAGUGAUCCAGAAGAACUUGACCGUACUCGAGUAUUAAAUUAUGUCUUGCGUUGGGUAUUUGGAGGAACCGUACUUGCUCCUGUAGAAGAACAGUUACAAAAAGGGUGCAGGGUCCUUAAUGUCGGUAGCGGACCAGGCAUGUGGCUUGGACAUCCGAUCAUGGACAUGGCGUUGGAUUAUACCAACUCAAAAUUUACAGCAGUCGAUGUUUGUGAUCUGAUGCCACAAACAGAUCUCACCAAUCAUUUUGACCAAGAAUCUUCAUCAAUAAGUCCUAAUCCUUCAAUAUCCCAGAUACCCAGUCCAAACAGUCUUCCUGUCCAUAGCAAUAUCAACAUAAACAACAGCAGCAGUAGUAACAGCAGUAGUAGUAAUGUUUCGCCAUCAUCAGCAUAUUCUAGCUCUUCUAUUUCAUCCUCAACCUUUUCUUCACCACAAGAAACUCAAUCGUGCCCUAGACUCCCCGCGCGAGCUCCGAAUUUCUGUCCCACAGUCGUGUCAUCAACGGGCACAGAACCAACCAAGAAGAAGAUAUUGGAGAAUCUUGAUUUUUAUAUAGUGAAAUUACCUGAAGAUUCAUUACCAUUUGAAGACAACACCUUUGACUUUGUACAGCAGCGGAUGGCGUCUAGUAACUACAGUCUCCUAGAAUGGAAGAAGAUCAUGACUGAGAUGGCUCGUGUCACAAAACCUGGAGGAUAUGUUCAACUUCUAGAAACCGAUUAUCUACUUCAUUCACUAGGUCCCAAAGGUGUACUCUGGUUAGACGAACUGACUACUGCAUUUAGAGAAAGACGGAAGGGUGAACCUAGAAUAGCCUGUUAUAUCAACGAACUCUUAUUGGCAGUUGGAUUCCAAGACAUCAAGACAACGAUGGUUUCUGUUCCAGUUGGUGCCUGGGGACUAGAUAUCGGACUGCUAUGGCAACAGAAUGUGGAUGCAUUUAUUCAGGCAAGUAUGCCGCUUAUGGUCAAUGUGCUCCAGAUGUCUCCGUCAGAAUUCAAGAGACGGUGGAGAGAGACGUGCGAUGAAGUGAAUGACAGCAAGACAUUUACAAACAUUCACUGUGGGUGGGCACAGAAACCAGUUGACAAACCAGCCAUCACAGAUUGGAGUUUGUGUGAACUUUAUCGUUAGAAAGGAAACAAGCCAUUUGCCACCCACCCAAAAAAAAAAAAAAAAAUAGUAAUCUAAAAUACCUAAAAUAAUACGUUAAAAUUAAGGGCC